UAUUCAGUGCCGGAAUCAAGGAGAACAGGCAGGAGAAACGCUCAGCUGGGAGGCUUGGAAACUGUCAAGCUGUACCUGCAACAAACAUACUCAGACAUGGCUCCUCGAAUAAGACUGAACUUAGCAAAACCUCUUCCAACCAUCAGUGAAGCCUUUGAGGAUAUUAUAGAAGACAUAACUAGCAACACAAAGGGUUUGGGGAAUGUUUACCUGAGCCAAGAUUCUUGUUCUGGUGAAGACUACCUACAGUCUAUCUGCCACCUGUCAAGACCUACCUUUCCAAUUCCACCAGAAAGUAAGUGUAAAGUCCAAGACAUGGACAAACCAGGGAUGCCGCACAAUAGUCACAGGGUCCUAAACUUGCCUGAGACACCAAAAUUGAUUUCCAGAUAUACCCUUCCUAAUAUUAUGUCAUUAGAAAGAAGUAGCUUUAUUCUGGAUUGUAUCAAAACUUACUCCAGCUCUAGGGUGGACCCACUAGAAGAGCUGUAUACAGAAUCUCAGAAGAUUCAGUGGAGAAGAUGUCCUAAUUGCAGUGAGCACAGUGGUAUUGACUAUUCACAGCACAACGUUCAUAGCACCAGUCUGUUUCUACCUCAAGAAAAAGCUAUGGCGAAACAAGACAUUGUCAGCUUCCCCAGGCUUCCCUCCCCAAGACCGCUGCAAAGAGAAAAUAGCUGUCCAGAGCUAAAAUGUCUGAAAAACCAAGGCAGGGUGCCAACUCUGGAAAGUAGUUCAAAUGAGGAAGAAAACAACCCCCUCCUCGUGAAUAGUAAAUCGAUCUGGCUGCACUCCCCAAGAGGAAUGCCUCUGAGUGCCAAGAUUUUGAGUUCUUCGCAAAGAGGACAGCAGACUCUGAAGACAGUGGCCUGCCCUGAAAGAGAGCGACUGAGGCCUUCCAUUAAUAAUCUAAAGGUGAAGGAAGAGGCAAGUAACCAAGAAGGCUGCGUGGGCUACUUCCACGUGGAUCAAAAAACCAUGAGCCGUGGCUGGAUUUCACAAUACCAAAGUGCUUGGAAAAAAGCCAAGGUGAGAGCUUGCCUUCUCCCUGCCAUUGCAGAAUCAUGAAUUGCUAUUUUAUUUGAAGAAAAUGUUGAUGGCAGAUUUUCCUCCUACUUUGAAUGCA